AUGGAGUUAUUUUAGUUGCAGCAAGCAGCUGAAGUUUCUCAGCUGAGAGGAGCUCGAGUCAUCUCUGCUGAAGAUCUCCUGUUCCUAAUGCGCAAAGAUAAGAAGAAGCUUAGAAGGCUACUUAAAUACAUGUUUUUUCGAGACUACAAAUCUAAAAUUGUCAAAGGAAUAGAAGAAGAUGACCUCCUUGAAGACAAAUUCAACAGUAAUAACACCAACAAACGGCAGAAGCUUGCUCAAGAGUUUCUCAACUCCAUUGACCAGACUGGAGAGCUCUUAGCCAUGUUUGAAGAUGAUGAGAUUGAUGAUGUCAAGCAAGAGCGAAUGGAGAGAGCAGAAAGACAAACACGAAUGAUGGACUCGGUCCAGUAUGCAGAAUUUUGUGAAAGUCGGCAAUUGAGUUUUUCAAAGAAAGCAUCCAAGUUUCGUGACUGGUUGGAUUGUAGCAGUAUGGAAAUAAAGCCAAAUGCAGUUGCAAUGGAGAUUUUGGCAUAUUUGGCGUAUGAGACUGUGGCACAGUUGGUGGACUUGGCCCUUUUGGUUAAGCAGGACAUGGCUCCCAAAGCUGGUGACCCAUUCAGUCAUGCCAUAUCUGCCACCUUCAUACAGUAUCACAACUCUACUGAGCCACAUCUCUUAGGGCAAUCUACAAGUGUGAAGACCAGUCUUGACUCUCCUGAAAACACACCACCUCCUACACCCACACCCCCGGCAUCAGCAGGACAGCAACAUCUUGGGAAAACCCCAUCAGGAGCUCUGGGGAAUGGUGGAAUUGGACAGGACUCUACCAAAUCCAAACAAAGGAAAAGAAAAAAGAGCACUGCAGCCUGUGGUAUAGAGGCUCAAAGCGAUGCCAUCCAGCCCAGCCACAUCAGAGAGGCCAUUCGACGCUAUGGCCACAAAAUUGGCCCCCUUUCCCCAUUCACA